GUCUCUGUACCUGAGAAGAUUGAGUUUCCCUGUCGCAAACGUGCCGAUGCCAUCCGAGACGGUAGCUUGAAACCAAACCAGCUGUGUGAUGAGCAGGAUGCAUUACCGCCACCGGAGGAGCAAGAUGCUCAGCCUGUGCGGGAGCCAGGAGCCGUGUGGACGAGCCCGUCAGAGGAGCUGUACCUGAGGAUUUUCUCUUUCGAUUACCGAGUGUCGGUGAAACUCGCCGCCGCAGGCCAGAAUUCGGGAGCGCUGUGGAUGCCAUUUUGUUUUGACGAAUUGGAGCGAGAGUACGUUUGCGCAGUGGAUCAGUGGAUCGCUUGUUUAGCCCCGAUCAUGAUCCUAUCGCCCCCAUGUUUAACUUUCUCUGCGCCGUGUCAGUCACGGCCCCUGGCAGCAUGGAAGACUUGGUGGGACCCUGAAUUGCCAAAGGCCAUAGCUGAGUCCCUCAAUUCCCAUAUCGACCCAUUGCAGCUUCCAGGGAAGGGGUGUUUGCUGGCAAAUUCACAUUUCAAUGGAAAUUCGCUGAAAGAUCCCCAUACAGCGAAUGUCAGUGAAGCCAUGCUCUUAAAGUACCCUGAAAACCGGCAGCCAUCGGGGUAUCUUUUGGGAGACUCAGUGAUGCACCUCGAUGUGUUGUGGAAUGGCUCACUUCUAGGAGGUGUUCAAGAUUCACCCCUCAAAGAAAAGAGAAGAGAGAACGCAUUGGGGGAAGGUGGCAAAUUAAAGAAGUUGCUAUCUUAUGUGCGUUCUUCGGCAUUGAAAUCCGAGAAUGGCAAGACUCCAGAGAUUACAUAUUUGAAGGGCCUAGCGAACCAACGGCGUCGGGAGAAAACAACAUCGCCGGCAUCACCAAGUGCUAGCAGCCCCAGAAGUUUCUAUAGCGGGACCACGAUGAUUUUGGGGCAAGAUGCAGACGAGUCUCCACAGAGCAUCGAGAGUGACAACGGCAAUGAGAUCUUUGAGCAGACGAUGGCGCUUGAUCCUAACCAGCCCUGCAGCCAGUUGCACUUGGCAGAGUUUGCUGAACAAGAGCUUGGGUCUGAUUGUGCAUAUCUCAAGAGCUGGGCCAAAGGUGGAAGCCCAACCACACCGGAUGUUCCAAUGGACUCGGCUCCACCCAAGGAGUUGGAUCGCGUCUUCAAGACUGAACCUCUUGCGGCGCCUGUUCGCCCAGACAUGUUGGUUGAGCUACCGAAGCCCGAUGAUGCCACUGCAGCAAACCCCCGUGAUCAGCACCUCUUGAUCGACUCCAGGAAGCGAUCUCGAUGUGAAGAUGCAGCACCUGUAGAAGCAGGGACCAAAGAGCCAGCAACUUCGUCGGGAGCAAGUGACCUUGGUGCCAUUGAUGGUGCUUUGCCAAUUCCCCCAGGCAUGCCUGCAUGUGCACUUCCGCAGAGCUUUCGCAAAGGGAAGUUAUCUUAUACCAUCUCUAGCACCAAUACUAAAGCUCGAAUCGAAGUCCUCCUCAAGCAGCGUGCAUUUCGCAUCGUGAAGAUUGGGGAGAAAGAUGGAAAGCAAGUGUGCGAGAAGCCACCUGUGGCACAGAGACCUUGGAUGGGAAACAUUCAGAUCGCUUGGGACGAAAUUUGCAAGGAAGAAAUGAAGAAAACAACCAAAGCAAUUGCCAAGACAAACAGGAACCUGAAGAAGCAGCAGGGUCAUGAGAAGGAUGAUGCUAGCCUUGCCCGCCCAGUGGUUGGUAUUGCCCGGUCCUUGACAAAGUCACGGCUUGGAAGUGCUGCUGCGGAACAGAUGCGAAAGAUGCUCAUGCUGUUGGUUGCCGUGGAUGCCCCUCGCAUCCUGUUGCAGCUCACAAGCCUCAUUUUCAUGGCCAAUGGGGCGAUGAAGGAGGACAUUGACAUGUGUGAGUACUUUGCUGGGCAAAUGGCUGUGGCUUGGCUGGUAGUUACAAAGUGCUUUGCGCGGGCUGGGUUCAAGUCCGUGCCCUUUGAGAUCAACCUGCAGGGGUCUGCUGGUGACAUCCUGGACCCAAUUGGGACCAAGCGCUCCUUAUGGAACCCGCUUGGGGACCGACGGGUCCGGGCUGUAGAGGAUGCUAAUGCCUACACCCCUGAAUAUGGAUUCAGUACUCUAAGCGUUUGGUUGGCUGAAAAAGAACAGGAAGAACCAGAUUUGAGCUCGGUUCACAUUCCACCCAUCUGGGCAUACCUGCCCAAGAAGGACCGCUGGGAUGAUGCGAACAUCACAGAAGUGAUGCAGUUUUUGGGGUCCAAGCAGCACCAGCUUAGCUUUGGAUCUGGGUGUGUGGCCAUGGCUGCACAUCCAAGUCAGAUGCCACAGCCGGGUGAGAGCUUUGUCACUCCACAGGGUGAGAUGUCGACUUCAGCGGCAUCUUCAAUGCCUGGUGGCACCUCUAUCCCUUCCCAAGAGCUACCUGAUGCAUCCCAUGAGCUAGAUGGGGAAUCUAUGGCUGAUGAUGAGUUGAUGGCUUUGGAGAGGGAAGCUGACGCUGCUGUGCUUGCUCGUGUGGAGAAGGAGAGUUUGGGGGGUGGGGGAGCAACCAUGGAGCACCCCAGCAAAGCACCUGCAACCAUGGAGCACCCCAGCAAAGCACCUGCAACCAUAACCAUGGAGCCCCUCAGCAAAGCACCUGCAACCAUGGAGCACCCCAGCAAAACACCUGCAACCACGGAGCACCCCAGCAAAGCACCAUCACUCGUUGACUUGGUUCCACCCGUGCCCAAAUCCACUGUGCCUCCCAAUCCCAACAAACCUGUGCCGGAGCCCACACCACCUGUGACUGGCAACUUGGCCAAUGCCUUGGCCGGUGGGGAUGACAAGUUGACACCUAGUCAGUUGUGGUCACAAGAGAUUGAGGAUGAUGUAGCAAAGAUGCUUGCGAAAGUAGAUGGGGAAGAUCUCAAAAACAUGGUGGAAAGUGCCCGUGGGCACCCUGAGAUGAAAUCCUAUGUUGAAGGGGUUCGCUUGGAGAUUGGGAAUGAUGGGGCGUGGGAGUUUGGAGAGGAGGACGUGUAUGAGGAUAUGCUUGGGUUUGCAGUUUGGGUUAGGGCUCGUGCAAGCAUGCGCAAAGCAUUGGGGUUGGACUCCCCACCAACACCUGGCAGCAACACUUCUGCAGAGCCCGAAACACCUGCACCACCUGGUCCAGCAGAGCCCACAGCCCCUGUGCAUCCUCCAGCAGCAGAGCCCAAAGCAGAGCCCAACACAGCACCAGCUGUGCCCAAAGCAGCGGAGCCCAAAGCACCCGAUCCUCUUGCACACAAGGCAAAGUACCAGCAGUCUUUGCGCGCCUUGAGGGAUCCCAACAAUGCCAUGCCCCCUGACAUCGGCCUUUGUGGGGGGCCACCCGCUGGAGCUGCAGCAAGCACACCUCCACCCACCGUGCCUCCCCCUGCAGCACCACCUGCAACUGCAGCAAGCACACCUCCACCCACCAUGCCUCCCCCUGCAGCACCACCUGCAAAACCAGCAGCACCAGCACCCCACCAGCUGUCUGCAACAGUGGAUGCAGCUGCAGCAAAAGCGGCACCACCAUUGCCCACAUCGGUUUCCCACAGAUCAGAAUACAUGCAGUAUCUACGUGCUGCAAGGAACCCCAGGAAAAUGCCUGCAAGUUUGGUUGCAACCUUUACUGGAAGCAAACUUGACCUCUUCAGGCUGUGGCUUGAACGUGGACAGGACUUCAAUGCUUGUGAGGUGGAGAUCAAACGUCGCAAUACCCAGGCCAACAUUGCCAGCGCAAAGGAGAAGUAUAUGAGCAGGGCAGCUUUGAUCAAGGAUGGACGGUACAGGGAGACUGACAUUGACCUACUGAUCCAGCAGCGCACCAAGACAGGGGAAUGGAUUCCUGACGCCAACUUUCCUGACAGGGAAGACCUUCGUCAGUACCGGGUUGGGAAUGAAGAAGUGACCAGGGAAGUUCAGAACCGUCGGGAAGACACUCAGGAGGUGGGGUCCACAACCGAGUUGACUUCAACAGAGGCCUUGCUGCUGACCGAAGAUGGGGCUGACUUCUCGGACAGGGCUGUUCCUAGCAUCCAUGAUGUUCUGGGGGAGGGUGUUGCUGAGAGGGCAGGGGACACCACAGCACCCGACCCCAAAGCAAAAGCAAAGGCAAAGCCCAAACCAAAGGCAAAGGCAAGUGCUGGCGGGGCUGGUGAUGGUCCACCUAAGCUCAAGGAGGCUGAGGAAGCACGAACCCUUUGCAUUGCCAUCGAGGGCCUGGAAAUGGCCGGCGAGCUGGUGCAGGCGCUGCAAACCCACAGCACUGCCCUCACCACCCUCUACCGUGAGCUGCAUCAGCUGACCACGAAUGAGGUGAAUGACAUCAACCAAUAUUCGAAAUUGUUUGAUCAGGCGCACCUCAAAAGCGUCAACGACGCGAUGAGCUUCAUGCGAAUGCCCUUCAGAGAUACUCACAUGCUGCGCUUCGAGAUGGUCAAACCUCGAAAGCGAAACUUUUCCAGCUUCUUUGGCAGGUACCCAUUUGCAAUCAUUCCCAUGAGACUGUUGCCAAGCAAAGAGCUCCGGGCAAAGGCAAACAAGGUGAUCGUUCAAGCUAUUGCUUGGGACAGUAAGACUCUACUGAAUGGAGUCUUCCCUGCGUUGGAUCAGCAUGGGGUGGCACUGGGUGCCGCACGGGCUGCCAAAGCAGGGCGGCCUAUAGCAGGGCUUUCAUGCCUCAUUGCAUAUGCUGAGAUGUCAUCUGCCAAUCUGAACAGAAAUCGGAUCAACUACAAGAUCCGUCCCAAAUGGCACAGUUGGUGCCACAUUAUCUUCGGUCUCAAGGACAACGAUGAGAACCCGAGGAAUCACAAGACUUUAGCCGAAGAGUCAAUGCUGGGAAAAUUGACCAAAUUGGCAAGUAGAGGUAUUGCACUCAAGAAAACGGAGGAGUACACUUUCCGCAUGACAGACGCCAUACAUAAAGCUCUUACCCGACAGCAUCCCGCUCUCAAGCUAACUUGCUGUGCACUCAUCGCGCCCUUUUGUUCUCCCGUCUUCGUCAUGUUGACUCGUGCAAUCCAAAUGGCCAAGGCCUGUGCGGUUGCCGGGAGGCCCGCCAUCCUCGAGCGCAUCACCCAAUGGGAAGGUGUGGUCAACACCCUGAAGGCAGCCAUUGCGGUGGCGACCUGGGACGACCCACAGGUGCUCUUGCGAGAGAUGGAAGGAUGCCGCCUACCCCUGGCGAAUAUCGUCGAGCCGAUGCUGGGUGGUGGCAAUGCUGAAGGGGCAUACGACACGCUCGCGGAGGUCUACAAGAACACGCCCGAUGGGUUUUUGGCAUUGUGCCCCUACCCGCCGGGAGGCGAGGUCGACCUGCUGAUCGUAUCAGACUCAUCACUUGCUCUGGUACCUGACCCCAACGCAGGGAAGGCUUCGUGUUUUUCCGGAGGCGAUCUUCUGAAGCCCUGGGGAGACAUCCGUGGCAUAUAUACCAAAAUGUUGUGGGGCAAAGGCUUGAACCAUAUGGUCCAGUAUAUCCCCGAGGCCAUCGAUGACAUCGAGUCCACCAAUCGUGCACAUGGUCGCCCGGUUUUGCCGGUGUUGGUCAUCGUGCAUUUGGAAGACGACGUCAUCAACCGGAAGUAUGUCACCAACUUCCUCCAAGCCGUCGCUGAUUGCCACCUUGCCUACCUCAAGCUCAUCAGCGUCGACGAUCACUUGAGAACACUCCCAAGAAUUGACGAUCUCCAGGAGCAGAAGAACUACCCGAAUCUCACCAUCCUCAAGGCCGCGUACCAGCUUGAAAUCGAUUCGAAUGUAUCCUCCCCAAAAGAUCUUCCUCAGCGACCUGAUCCUGAGAAGCUCAUGUUGGAUGCAGAUGUCGAGAUUUUCAACUGGGUGCUUCAAGCUGAGGAGAGCGCCGCAGCCUCUGCCGACCGGGAGGUCGAGUCCUGGAUGCGAGACAUUCCUGAAGAGGACCAGGCAUUGGAACCCAUGCACAAUGACAACGCUGAUUCGGACGAUGAGGCUGUCAAAGUUCAGGCCCUCACCAUGGAUGAUCGAAUUUUGGCGAGGCGAAAAGGCCUAUCAGAGGAGCACGACCAAGAAUGGCAAGAUGCCACCUAUGCGGCCGAGGAUGAAGACGAGGACUUCAAAGGGUGGGACCUCAUUGAGGAUGACAAACGCCCGCCGGGAGUCGUGGCCAGUGACCCAGUACAUGAAGAGGAAAAGGAGCUGGACCUUGACGACCUCGAGACGGUGGCUUCGGUGGAGAUUGUCGAUGAAGAGGAGUUCCACGACGCUGAGGAGGGGCAGGCCGAGCCGAUCGAUGAUGAUGACGAUGACGACAUGGCCGUGAUCGACAAGGUCUCUUCUAUGCAGGCCUCGAAGUCUGAUGCACGGGGGGACCCGGAGCCCAUGGAUGUUGAUGAUCAGGGCAACAAGAUGGUCCAGAGUACGGCAUCAGCGAAGACCUGGAAGACGGAGAUGGCCCAGAGCUCGUCAUCGGCAAAGACGUGGAAAACUGAGAUGGCUCAGAGCACCUCAUCUGCAAAGACAUGGCGAACGGACACCACUGCAGCUGCGUCGGCGGGAGCCACGCCUUCUGACCCGACUUCCAAGCUCAAGCCCAAGAAGAAGGCCAUGCCAAAGAGAUUGAAGGUUGUGGAUGAGGGACAUGGGCCAAGUGCUGAGCAGUUUGACACGUCGAAAUUUGCCACAGCACAGGAUCUGGUUUGGAUUGAGCCGGACAACAUGGCAGGAGUUCCUGUGCGCAAGGUGGACUACGGAAGGCUUGGAUCAAUUUCCCAUGCUAUGUCCGACUACCUCCGUGGCCAUCGAUUGUUUCACAGGAGGCCAUCACCUGAGAUUCGGAGGACUGAUUUGUCAAUGGACUUCAAGGCAUUGGUGAGGCAUCUCCAAGGGGAUUUUGCGCACCUCCGAGAAGAAGAAGUCUUGAUGGUCGUGCGCAACUCUCCGAUGCGUCGCUUCAGAGUCCAGGUGAACGGCUUGUCGUCCGGAAAGCUCAGGUGGACGCCAGUGAGGAUCAGGGCCAUUCAGGGCCAUCGGGCCUUUCUCGUGGAGCAAGGGGGGAUGUCAAGCAUGAUCAAAACGAUGUUCACUUUUGAUGAGAACUUCGACCAGACCAAGAUUGACGACCCAUCGGUCCACCCCGCUUUCUCCGCGAUGCCGGCAGACUGGAUCUCGAACCAGCCGAUGAUCAACGCCUUUGAUAUGCGUUCGGGCGAAUUUUUCUAUAUCAACAGGGCUUAUGUCAACCAUCGGAAGGCUUACCAGGAAGUCCUCAAGCAGGCCAAGGCCGAGUUUGAUCCGUCGGAUGUUCUCAUGAGCCGCAUGGAGAUGUUGAUGGAAAAUGCCCAGUUGAACUUUGAAGGCAUCAAAGAGCGCAUUGAGUUUGGCAAGCUCCUCCCCUUUUCCAGGCGUGAAGACAUUGAGGUCGAAAAGAGCACUGCCACCCGGGAGGGUGAGCCGGCAUCAGGUUCUCAGCUGGUGUCCGGCUACACCGUUGGAAAGAUGGCCGCCAUGACAAGCACGGAUGCAUGUGGCUUCCAACGUCGUGGACGGAAUGGACCCGGUGGUGGAAAUUGGAACCGAGGGCAAGGUCGACACGGAUUUGAGUUGCAAUUCAAGGACAUUUCCUACAACCAGAUCCAAGACACGCCUCAGGUGCGCUGUAGCCAUCCGAUCUGCGGAUAUCUGAUGAUGGAUGGGCAUUUGAAAUGCCCGCGCUGCUUCCGGCAGAUGGAACCCGUGACCGAUGCCAACAUCGCCACGGAAGUUGCCCGCCGGGAGGCGAUGGCCCGUACCAGAGGAGUGCCCUUCUCCAUGGACAAGGUGAUCUUCAACCACCCGCGAAGAGGCAGAGUAGCCAGGCAGCCGGAGAAGGGAUCAUCAUCUUCUUCGACAGCCGUCCGGACCAGAAGCACCUAUGGCAACUUGAGAGACAUGGCCAAAAACUACGUCAGAUCUUUCAAGAAAAGGGGCUUCAAGGACCUUGUUGACCGACUCGUCCGCGACCCGUUCUUUCAGUUCAAUGCGGCGAAUCAAAACUUGGUGCCGGAGGCCUUGCUCUUCAUUGAGCGUUUGGCUGGCUGCGUGAGCCCGACCAUUGAGCGCACCAAAGCUCAGGUUCUUGGCGAAAAGCUUGAGAUGGCCACCAAGUUGAUCUUUGUGCCAUCGUCGGAGCGGGAGCCCGACCAACCCUUGGAUCUUCACACCGAGGUGUUUGUGUCGCAUCGGGGCGUCUUUCUCGACAUUGGCCAAUUCGCAGUCUAUGUGGCGAAGUUCAUCAAGCCAAGGCAAAGGCCUCUACCCAUUGUUUAUGGAUGGGGCAAUCGUGACUUUGUGCCUGAUGCUUCAGAUGCCAAGGAGAUCGCGAAGGAAUUGGUGGAGUUCAGCAAGCUGCAAUGGUCGAACUUUGCCUCCCAACAGACGCACAAGGAGUCUGAAACCACCGGCGACGACCGGGAGGUCAGUCUUCCUCAUGCAAGUGCAGCCAUCAGCCGACCUGAACAUGAACGACCCCACCACGAGCAAUUUGAGCCAAAUCUUGGCAAGCCUGCUCGCGGCGGUCCUUACGGCCAAGGCGGUGGUGGAAAAGGUCAUCACAAAGGUGGAGGACAGACCAAAGGAAAGGGACAGCGGAAGGGGAAGGGCAAGCAAGGCAGAAGCCCACCGGGAGGUGUGGCCUACGGUGACUUUGAAGGAGAUUCCUACUGGGUUCAGGGCUACCGCUACACGUGGUACUGGAAUCAACAGCGAGGUCAGUCACUGCAUCUCUACCCGUACUUAGGUCAACUUGCGGCGGCGGACUACAG